CGUCGAGUGGUGAUGACGUGUUAACGGAGGGCGCGCGGAUCACACAGUGUAGGACAUGGCUCAGACAGCAGGACUCGGACGGAAAUAUUUGAAAUCCUUCAUGAGCGGAUUCUUUGUGGCCAUUCCUGUCACAGUGACGGUGUUGGAUCGCCUGGCGUACGUUGCGCGUGUGGAAGGCGCGUCCAUGCAGCCUUCGUUGAACCCCGAGGGAUCCUCGUCAUCUGAUGUCGUCCUUCUGAACCGCUGGAGUGUGAGAAACUAUGAGGUGCGGCGCGGGGACAUCGUAUCAGUCGUGUCUCCCAAGAACCCAAAACAGAAGAUCAUCAAGCGAGUUAUUGCUCUCGAGGGAGACUUUAUCAAGACUCUGGGCUAUAAAAACCGUUACAUGAGAGUUCCAGACGGACACCUGUGGAUCGAGGGUGAUCAUCACGGCCACAGCUUUGACAGCAACACCUUUGGACCAGUUUCACUUGGACUCCUCCAUGGCAGAGCAUCUCAUAUUAUAUGGCCUCCGAACCGGUGGCAGAGGAUCAGACCGUGUGUUCCAUCUGCCCGAAGACCUCUGCUCAACUGGGGAGAAUCGAGAGAAGACGACAGCGAUGAUGACAGCGAUAAAAAAUGACUGUUUGGGCAUUUACACAAUAACAAUGACUCUUAUGCAUGUGCAGGAAACGACAGAUUGGCUGAUGACAGUGGUUGAAUCAGUUGCAUUGCAGGUGUGUGUAUGCUGUACGUUUUUUGUUUUUUUUAAUGCAAUUCAAGGGAGAAAAAAUAUAAAGACAUUUAACUGUUUGAUGUGUAAAGCUUAAUUUUAACAAAUAAAUUGGAUAGAUA